UUUAGGGACGUUCUCACGGGUCUUAAAAUAUUUUUGGUCCUAUCCGGUUAAUGACAUAUGACGUAAUGAAGAGACGUAAGCGCGCGUCGGGAUGCAGAAAAGCAGGAAAAGCAAAGUGGACCCGAGCGAUCAUCCUGACUGCCACUGACAGGCUUGUUUGGAAACAUUUGGGCAUGUGAAUACAGACUGAAUAGAGCUUUUUAGAAGAUGUCAGCGUAUAUCCUUUGCAUAAUAAACGACUAGACGACGAAAAUAAGCUGACCCUAGAAAUAAAGAACAAUAUAAAAUGCCUAGCAGCUGAAUUCUGGGAUGCUGUGGUCGACAUGUCUUGUAAAGAAAGUUCAGAAGAAAAAAAAAGCUCUCACCAGACAGAGCUGUAUGCACAAGUCCCAGCAACAUGUCUACCCAUCGUUUACUCCCCCAUAUACAACAUCACCUUCAUGGGCCUGGAGAAACUUCAUCCAUUUGACGCUGGUAAAUGGGGCAAAGUCAUCCACUUCUUAAAAGAGGAGCAGUUUAUCACAGACGAGACCAUUGUUGCAGCGAGGGAGGCCAGUGAGGAGGAUCUCCUGGUGGUUCAUACCAAACGCUACCUCAGCAGACUCAAGUGGUCUCUGGUGGUUGCCGCCAUCACAGAAAUCCCACCUCUCGUUUUUCUGCCCAACUUCUUGGUGCAACGCAAGGUGCUGAGGCCGUUACGCACGCAGACUGGCGGCACUAUUAUGGCAGGAAAACUCGCCAUGGACAGAGGAUGGGCAAUUAACGUGGGAGGAGGUUUCCACCACUGUUCCAGCGACAAGGGAGGAGGUUUCUGUGCGUACGCCGACAUCACGCUUGCUAUUAAGUUUCUGUUCGAGCGAGUGGAGGGAGUCUCCAGAGCCACCAUCAUCGAUCUGGAUGCUCAUCAGGGAAAUGGACAUGAGAGGGAUUUCUUGGAUGACAGACGAGUUUACAUAAUGGAUGUCUACAAUCGGCACAUCUACCCUGGGGACGGAUACGCCAAGAGAGCCAUUAAGAGGAAAGUGGAGCUGGACUGGGGCACAGAAGACACUGAGUAUCUCCAGUUGGUGGAGCUCCACUGUGAAGGCACAGUGAAUGAGAUCAGACCUGACAUAAUUGUGUACAAUGCAGGUACUGAUAUUCUGGACGGUGAUCCUCUCGGAGGCCUGGCCAUUUCCCCUCAGGGCAUCGUGAAGAGAGAUGAGAUCGUCUUUAGGGCAGCACGGAGAAGAGGGAUCCCCAUUCUCAUGGUGACGUCAGGCGGCUACCAAAAGAAGACAGCUCGCAUCAUUGCUGACUCCAUCCUGAACCUGCACAGACAGCAUCUGAUUGGUGGAGAGGCAUUAGAAGAGGCAGGGCAGUCGACGGUGCCAGUCAUGAUGAGCAAGUCCGUGUCGGCCGGGGCGACUUUCAAUGCCAUCUGAUGUUUACAUCUAGCUCUUAUUGGCCUGUUUGUUCUAAAUAUAGCAGCACUAUCCUCAUUUUUGUUUACUAACAGAAGCAUUUACUCCUGAUAAGGUGCAGGGUGAUUCAAGGAACUUUAUUCUUCAGUUUUAGUGAGGGAAUAUUUAUAUUUUCUAACUGCUUCAGCCUACACUACUUUAAUCUGUGGUACUUUGAAUGAAUUAAACCUUUAAAAUGAGAUUUUAAUUCUUUACAUUGGUACUUUAUGCAAUGCUUAUUUGCACAAUUUGAAUUUUAUUUUAAAUGAUAACAAAAGCUAUACCAAGUCAAGCCGAGGAAGCAGUUUCUAAAUUUACUGUAUUAUACAAAUUUCUUCUAGAACAGUACCAAAAGUCAUAUGGUACAAAGCACUCUUGAUUAUCAUGAUUAACCUGAAUCUUUUUAUUACUCUUAUUACGUUUCUGAACUGUUCUAAAUGUAUAAAGCUAUAAAUAAUGGUAAAUAAAUAAUCCAGGUCAAGCCCAAUCCAACAGCCAUACCUUAGAGAGUUCAUCAGCAGGUUUAUUGGCUUGUCUUUGUGGGACUGACCAACUGAAUGUGCUCUUUUACCCAGUUUGACUUUUUCAUCAGACUUCGUUUAAAGGUGUUUUUCAUGAAUCAUAAGCCUCUCCGUGCCCCCAGCAAGUCUUUGCAGGUUCUUUUUCUUCAUGCUGACUCAGCAUCUACUUUUAGAUAUCCCGCACUGAGGGAAUAUGAAUUAUAAAUAUGUGCAGUCCUCAAAGCUGAUGCUCAGUGCACCUCAAGAAAAGCGUAACAGCUCUCUACUGACCAGAGCUAUCUCCUCACCAUGGUGAUUUAUUUUGUCUAAACACUCAUGGUGUUAUAAAGUUAGAACAAAAUUCAAAUAAAAUAACUAAGCAUUUUAACUAGCUGAUGUUUCCUCUUAUGUAAACAUGAAUGCUUCCUUAUGGUCAAUGUCUGUGGGAAAGAAGGUCUUCUUGUGAAGUUUCCACUGCAAAAAAUGACUUCUUAGAAUGUUGAGAUAAUAUCUUGAAUAUAGUCAAAGUGAUCUAGUAUUUCCUGUUAAAAGAUUAAAGAUUAAUAACAAUAAAUAUAAGAUUAUUUUAACUAUUUCUCGAUAUAUUUUACUAUUUUUAAAGCUUUACAUAUUUUUUGUUCUGUUGGCAGAUUAUUUUUGAUUUUUUUUUUUUUGGGGGGGGUGAUAGGUUUGAUUAUCUUGUAUUUGGUUUAUUGUAAUCUUCUAAUAAGAAAUAGAAAGCUAAAUUUGAUUAGAUUCAAGACUAGACCAAGAUGUUGUUUUUUUUGCAUUGUCGUCUCAUCUGCAGUCCGUUGGGUUUACUCGGCUGCUGGAGUGAGAUUGAGAAAAGCUUCUAAUAAGUGUAAUGAUAGCGUUCCUCCUUUAUUCUCUGUUGAAAAGGAUGUGUAUGAGGGUAAGAGGAAGAUUAGAUAGAUUGCCAAGGCUGAUUUUAUAGCUCCUUGAGGAAUAUUGAAUUUAGGUGCAUGCAAGAUUCAGUGUUUUAAAUGGGACUUCUUUUUUUUUAUCAGGUAUUUAAUACUAAAAGUGUUGUUCCUGCUACUAAACACUACACAUUAAUCUCAUCAUUCUCUUUGCUUUUUGUUGAUUUCGGUGACGUUUGUAACAGUUAUUGACAUGAAUAUGCUUUUAACUGAUCCCUGCACUUAAACCCCUCUGGGGAGCUUAAGCUGAUGUUUUUGGAGGAUUAUUCAGGUGUGUGUAAGUGUUUAAAUACUCAUACACCCUCUUACUGUACUGUAUAUCCACACACUACAUGUUGUGGCACCUAACAAAAGUGCCAUGAUAUUAUGCAUUCUUAUUGCAUAUGCAUUCUUAUCAUUUUUCCUUUUUUUUUGGUAUCUGGCAUUCAGAUUUAAACCUCUUCUGUGUGAGAAUGGGGCAAAUAAAUCCAAUCUAAUUACAUGA